AUUCCCUCACCUCUGUUUCCCAUUCUUCAAUUAAGACCUCAUCGUAACAACUCCACAUAUGGCUUUCAUUUUCCCACUUAGCUCAGAGCAUAUCAAAUUACAUCUAUAAAAGUGUUCUAUAAAAAAUAAAAAAUAAAAAAUAAAAAGGAGGGUUGGUUUUAUGCACCAAAAUUGCAUGAUGGAGCCAGGAGGAUUAGCAUGUUGCUUUUGCUUCUCCACCAAGAAGGGUGUUGCUGCAAGGAAUGACAAAAGCGGUGGAGUUUUAAGUUCAGACCACGUUGAAUGGGGAAAGAAUGAUGAAAUACUCUCUGACAUGAGCACUUUUUCGAUCAAGGAACAAGAAAAGAGGCUUAAGAAAGCGUUGGAAGAAGAAGGUAGGGUAAGCAAGGAAGCAGAGAGGAUUGUCCAAUGGGUGAAGCAGGAAUCAGCUAGAAUUGAUGAUUCUUUAAUCAAAACAAUUCUUAGUGAUGAUGAGGAAAAAGAAGCAACGGUUAAGUAAUACUUGUGAGUUUAUUGAUUUCUCUUGCCUUUUUUUUCUUUUUCUUUCUAAGUUGUUAUUAAACAAUUCUAAAGUGUAUAAACAUCCCUCAGAAAUGACCAAGAUUUUGAUAUUACCAAAGUAAGUCUAGUUGAUAUUAGAACAUAAUCUCCGUUACAUAGUUAUUAUUUUUUUUUUUGGGUAUAAUUUGGAGGGUAUCUCCAUUCAAUCUCCUAUGGUUAUCUUCAAAGUACGACACGAAGACUAUCCUUCAUUGGAAUAACGGGUGCAUUGAGCUUAGCUAUCGGAGGAAGGAUGAGACUAAUCCCCUUAAAAGAAAGGAAAGAGACACGUCUCUAACCUCAAAGAUUUUUCAAAAAUUUAUUUGAGAGAGGAUUUGAAAUUCUGAACCAAGCAAAUGUUACACAUAGUUAUUAUUAUUAUUAUUAUUGUCUUAGGGGGUUCCUUUAGCUUCAAGUUAUGCAUCAGAUUGCGAUGUAAAAGGAAGAAGAUCCUUCCUUUUGUGUCUUUGACUAUGUCAAACGAAGGAGUUGUGUUGGACUAGUCUAUCAGCUCCAUUGUCUGUUCCAACGGAAAU